GCGGAAGCGAUUUCCAGCUGUCAAACAGAUUUUGGUAAAUCACUUUCAGCUCCCUGUUGAAAGGAAAACAACAAUUGACGUUACUUCAGGAUGGACAAUCCACGCUGGUUGCCUCUGGAGUCAAAUCCAGAAGUCAUGACCAAGUUUGUGAAUUGCUUGGGUAUGAGACCAACCUGGCAGUUUGGAGACGUGUACGGAUUGGAUCCAGAGCUUCUGGGCAUGGUACCAAGACCAGUGUGCGCAGUGCUGCUUCUCUUCCCUGUGACAGAGAAGUAUGAGGCAUUCAAGGAAGAAGAGGAAAAGAAACUCAAGGAUCAGAGGCAGGAAGUCUCUCCUGACGUCUACUUCAUCAAGCAAACUAUUGGAAAUGCCUGUGGAACAAUAGGAUUAAUUCAUGCAGUGGCAAACAACCUGGGACACCUGGAAUUUGAGGCCGAUUCUGCUCUAAAGAGGUUUAUAGAAAAAACCUCAAAAAUGACCUCAGACGAAAGGGCCGUCUUCCUGGAAAAGGAUGAGAGUAUACGUGUUACACAUGAAUCCAGUGCACAAGAGGGACAGACCGAGGCCCCAAGUUUAGAUGAGAAAGUGAAUCUGCAUUUUAUAGCUUUUGUGAAUGUCGGAGGACAAUUAUAUGAGCUGGAUGGCAGGAAGCCUUUCCCUAUCGUCCACGGGAAAACUUCAGAAGACACUCUACUGGAGGAUGCUGUAGCGGUUUGUAAGGUCUUCAUGGCUCGCGACCCUCAGGAGGUUCGUUUCACCAUCAUUGCCCUCUCCAAAGACUGAGGAAACUCCAUCAUGCCUCCAGAACCACAAUGCCAAACAUUUUCAAGUGCUGAUCUCAUUGGAAAAUUAGUUUGUGUUUUUUUUUCUCGCUAAUACUAUAAUGUCAGGGAUAUCAUUUUAAAUUAAUGUUUCUUUUUUGUUUUACAUCACUUGUUGGAUAAAAUUGUAAGGGAAUCAGAGUUCAGAUCAAAUCUUCCAGAUCCCCACUGCUGAACCAUCUCACUAACCAUACCACGGCUGUACUACCUUGACACUGCACUAAAGUUUGUUUACAAGGCGCGUUUGGCUUUUAAUUAAGAAAGAAAUCUAACAAAUUGUCCACGUAACUGACGGAGCUCACCUUCUUUUUUUUAUACUCUGGGUUCAAUGAUGCAUACUGUGUGUAGUGAUUUGUUUUUGACCACCUGGUCUAAACCAGCUGAAGAAACAUGAUUUGCGAGGUUUUAAUUUGAGUUAUAGCUUUGAAAAAGCAGAUAGGCCUAAUGCUGUUGGAUGCAGUAAUGAAGAUGUGAAAAGUACUUAAAAAUGUCUCCUGUAAGUGAGGCUGACUGAAAAAAUGCAGACUGUACAUCAGUAUGGACGGUGCCUACAUUUUUGUAAUGAGAAUCAGACGUUCUGUCAAAUAAAAGGCAAAUUUAUUAAA